AUGGCAUUUGAUAUUGUGUUCAUCAUGGAAUAUCUCAUACCUAAUGAAAGCAACGAAACAACUAUAUCUCUGUCCAGCGAGUUUUUUCAAAACAAUCUUUCCUUGACCUCAGGACAUCUAGCCUCUCUUGGCGAAAUUAUAGAUGAUUGUAACAAAAAUGGGACUCCUCCUGUGCGUGUGGUCUUCCUUAUCCUAAUCCUUGUACCUGCCCUUCCAGCAAACAUGUUACUGCUCUGGAUGUUGUUAAAGAACAGAAAGACUCUGUCACCUUCUGAGGUUUUAGGUCUCAACAUGGCCGUGCUCAGUGUGCUGUUUUGUCUCAGCCUUCCAUUGGAUAUAUUCAUUUCAACAACAGUUCGCUCAGGACUUCUCUUGCGCAUCUCACACACUUUUGAUACCCUCAGUUACUUCGGGUGCCCACUCCUGCUGACCAGCAUGUGCUUGGAGCGCUAUGUGGCUGUGGCACACCCUGUGAUCUUUAUCAGGCUGGGGAAGUGGGAGUAUCGUGCGGCAUGUUGCGCAAUCAUUUGGUUUCUCACCUUUAUCAUGGCUGUGGUAACCUUUUUCUACACACUCUCUGACACCGCUAUGAUUUUUUCCAUCAAUAUUAAUGUGCUGUUUUGUGUCAUGGUGGCCUGUCUGUUGGGCAUUGUCUGGGUUCUGCGUAAAAAGUGCCCAGGCGAUGGGGACCAAAAUAAUUCAGUUGUAAAGAAGCGAGCUCUAAAAAAUGUUCAAGCAGUGCUGGUUCCCUCAACUAUAACUUAUUUGCCACUGCUAGGUCUGGCCCCUUUUCUGACAGUAAUCCAAAUACUUGCUAAAAAUGGCACAAAUGUCCUUCUCUGUAACUUUCUGGAAUUGUUUAGUGUAAUCCCCAGUUUUGGAGUCUGCAUUGGGCCCAUGUUCUACAAGGCUCGGCUAAGGCAAAUGCUCUGUGGCAUGGAGGACAGAUCAAGAGACACAAGAGUGACCACUACAGACCAGAGAAACUAA